AUGGCCAUAGCACAUGGUGUUAGAUUCAAAUCUAUCAUGCGCACAAUUCGUGGUUACAUUGCAUUUGACAAAGGGCAUUGUCUGUGGGGAAGCGCCUACGUUCCAUUGGAUUGGGAAUACAAAUUUUCACCGGAAUAUAACUUUUCGGAUCCGUUUUACUCAUCAUCAUCGUCACUGGAUAUUCAAGAAACGAAAACCAAUGAUUUGAGGGAAGACACUACAUGCAAACUAGAAGAGAAGAGAAGUCACCGUUCAGUAGAUUUGUCCGACACUACAUGCAAACUAGAAGAGAAGAGAAGUCACCGUUCAAUAGAUUUGUCCGACACUACAUGCAAAGUAGAAGAGAAGAGAAGCCACCGUUCAAUAGAUUUGUCCAAGGAAACCAUAUCCCAUCACUUCUACAUGCCCGUAUCUGAGGCAGCCCAGGAAAUGAAUGAGGUAGGAGAUGGUCAGCUGAAUGGAGAGGUGGAAUUGUUGGAGAGGGAGAGGCAGCUGAUGGAGGAAUUUCCGGAUUUGCAACUCGAAGAGAACACAAAGAGGCUGAGAAGAGCUUUCUUUAAAGCCAAGUACAAGAAGAAAAGGUCCAUGUCCAGCUAUAAUUAA